AUGACCCACGCAUUCAAAAUUAUAUUGGCUCUGGUGGCUUUGGUCACUGUUGUUCGUGCCGCUGACAUCAGCAUUACUGCCACGAAAGAUAUAAAAUUUAAACCUGAAAGUGUCAAUGUUCAACCUGGUGAUAAAGUUACAUGGAUGCUUGAAGACCCUUCUGUUCCGCAUACUGUUGUUCAAUCUGAUCAAGCUGAUUGCACUGCUUCAAAAAACAAGAGUGCCUUUAGUUCUGGAGGCUCAUUAAAAGCUUCUGGAUUUUCCAUUACAAUUCCUUCGGAUGCUAUGCCUGGCAACCUUUAUUAUUUUUGCAGCAUACCUGGUCAUUGUGAAGGUGCUGGAAUGAAAGGGGUUUUAGUAGUUACUGGUAGCGGAACUAACUCAACAAAUGGUACCACAAGUGACAAUUCGACAAGUAACGGUAAUACAACAAGUAACGGUAACAUGACAAGCAACGGUAAUUCUACGACUUCUGGAACCAAUUCUACUUCCAACACUACAUCUUCCUCUCCCUCUUCCAGUAGCACAAAUAAAUCAAAUUCCGCUGACAAUUUGAAAAGCUCUUUUGAAAUGGCAUUCUUUUUAUUGGCUUCUGCGCUUUAUUUUAAUAUUUUUUAA